UGCUUGUCGUCGCGCGCGGAUCAUCGAAGGAAAAAAAAACGCAGAGAGAAAAAGCGCGGGGAAACAGUAAGAAGGGGGGAAGAGGGAACGUCACGACGCGCGACCGGCGCGACGGUUACUUCGAACCUCUCUCUCUCUCUCUCUCUCUCUCCCCCUCUCCCUCUCUUUCACGAUAACCAAACGUUGCAAAGGUGACGACAACGAUAAGCUGAGCUGAGCAUGCCCACGUGAAAAGCGCUUUCGUAUCAUCGUUACACAGAGAACCGAACCGCCGAGAUUUUCCCUCCCCUUCCCGGCGCCUCGUCCGCGAUGCAUCGGCCGGCAACGACGGAGGCGACGGCAGCGACGACGCUGACGGAAUUCGAGGAGAGCGUGUCCUUCGACGCGGACGAUCCGGAUUUCGCGCCCACGCCGAGCGUCCUCCUCUGCGACGCGGUCGUCACGUCGUUCGACGUUGGCAAAGUAUCCACUUAUCAGUGCAACAUGUCGGUCACUUCCGUGCAACCAGCCACGACCGAGAGCCUUUCCCGCCACGGGAGCAACAUCUCGUUGUCGCAUCAUAGCCUGUGCGGGAGCGUGGACGACGGUCUGCAGGGCUCGCAUCCGCAGUACCAGGAUACAAUCCUCACGAUCGAGGAGCUGCGCGCCCAGCUCAACUCCUGCUUCACAUGCGGGGUGUCGUGGAGCGAGGAACACGUCUCUUUGGACUGCAGCGAGUGCGGCGGCUACUCCCUGCAACGGCCAUGCCCGCUCUGUGACGGACGUUGCCACACCGCGUGGAAGCGCGACCUCACCAUGUCCCAUGCGAGUGGUAAGGCGAGAUGGAUCGGUGAAUGCGGUCUGAGCUGCGGACCUUCUCUGGAGGAAUCACUGGUACCCGCGUUGGAGAAACUGCGGGCCACCUCGUGAACGGCGCUGACCAGAGCACCGAAAAAUAUGCACAAGACUUAAAUCCAUCACCAUCCAUCUAACGUCACCCAUCACCAUCGUGUGCGAGACCCAAGAGAGAAAGAGAAACGCGUGCGUGUGUGUGAAUGUGGACCGUGGAUGAUAGCAUUAUGUUCCUGAGGAGGACGGCUGACAAGGGAAAGAAGGACCUGUUUCGAACCCUUGAGGCUUCUUCCCCGCAGAUACAAAGCCGUACCUAGCUGGUCCCUUGACAUCAGGACCACCUACGUUGUAUUCAUUAUCGUCUUUCAGGCGAAAGUACAAAGCUACGCGAUCGACGUCCGAAUUCUACGAAGAAUUACUACGUUGUACUAAGCAAUUGACUACGUUGCAGUGAAUUAAGUUUUUAAUACUACUCAUAUUAAUACGAACGCUAAUUUACUUUCGAAAGCUUUUACGCCAAUUCACUGUGUCGUGAAAUUUAUUUCGAUUCCUUCUUCGAUUUCUGAUCAAAGAAUUAAAAUUAUACUUACAAUUUCUGUUAGGAAGCAGAAGUUGGUCUUUUCAAAUAAUUUUUUUGCUGCUGAUAUAAAAUUGAAUUAUUGUUACAAAAAUAGCUUUGCAAAGUUGAUAAAUAGAUAACUUGCCAAAGAAGAAUCUCUAUGUUCGAGAAUACAUCGACGUAUUCACGAAAUAGAUUUGAUUGUUCUUUGGAAUAUUUUUCGAUUUUAGAUUUGUUAAAUUUAGAGUGGAAAUUUAUAAUACAGAAAGAAUCACAAAAAAGCAAGAAUGAAUCGAAAGUACACACUUCCAAUUUCCCUUUCUCAAUUUAUUCUGUAAAAAUCUUUCCUCGGUCUGUAUAUAAAAUUCGAGUGUAUAAAAUUGCGAAACUUAAAUUAUUUUACGCGAGAAAAAACUAAGAGAGUGUAAUCUCAAACGAUCACACAGUUUAUGUGGAUACGAACGGAGCAUUUUGCCUUUAAACUGAUUCGCGCAUAAAUUAUAUUUCGAAACUACAACAGCCAAUGUCUUCGCGCAGAAUAACUUUGGUAGUCGUGUUUCAGAAAUAUUUUUAUACCAUUUAGUUUAAUCAACUUAUUUGUUUAGAAUUAUUUAUCGCUCAUAUAUAUAUAACAAUUGAAUUUUUCGAUAUAUUUUUCGCAUCAUGCAUAUGAAUCGGUCAAUUUAGAAAACUAUAAGUCCAUAACUCUCAAAUUAAAGUAAUCUAAAAAGUUCUUUUUUUUUACGAAAGUAUACUAAAUAUUUUUAUAUUGUGUGUGAUAUAAUGAUAUCCUUACCACAUAAUUAAUAAUCAUAUAAAAGCGAUCUUUGUAGAUACAUGUUUUUUUACAAAUAACACAUCUUUUCUGAAAGAAUUUUAAUUUAUCGAUUCAAAGCGUUUGAAAACGACCGAUUUAUUUGCUUAAAAAAAUUCAAUUUUUUUAACCACGAAUUGAUUAUUUAUAAAUAUUUUUAAUGUUUUGUAUCGAUCAAAAUUGCCAUAUUUUUCCGAAGCGCUAGACAUUUACAUGACGUAGCAAAUGUCACAACUUCGGAAAACUUUUAAUGAUGAUAGUUUAAAUUUUUGAGUCGUCCCUACAACACAACAUGCAAGAGUAGCCAAAUCUUUAAAUUUACUUUUUUACGUAACGGAUGUUACAUCUCGGCCUCUCUGGCGCGUGAUGAGCGCGAAUUUGCAUUACGCGAAUUCUAGGAUAAUUAUUAGGCGACAAUUAAUCGAUCGAGCAAUCUGACGGCGAGAAGUCCAUUAAGGGGUCUUUCGUCCGAGAGCACGACGUAUCAAUUUCGUAGAUAAAUAAUUAUUCGAUAUCCCUCGCUUUUAAUUGUCACAACUGUAUCAUUGGCGAAAUAAUUCGAGCUUGCUGACUGUAUACGAUAAAGGUUUAGUCAAAUUUUUGCCUCUAGCGAGGAUUUAGUGUUAACAUGACGCGAUUCAAUCGUCAUAGUCCUAAGGAUCCGGCAAUUGGUGUAUUACAAAUUCAAGAAUUAUUUCCAUAAAUAGUAAUUAAGAAGGUUCAUCGUUCGAAGCGUUAUUGUACAUUAAAAUUGGUACGACGAGAAAGAAAAUUUUAACAGAAAUACACUCAUAUCCAUUCGUAGUGAAAAUUAUACAAAUUUCCUUGGGUCUAUGAAAGUUUAAAAAGAGUCGGUUGUAUUUAUAGCGUUUCUUGACAAAGAUACGUCUUGCUCGCUUUAAAUCAUCCGCUUUUCUGUCGAGCUUUUUCUGCCAAGUGGUGGUUGGAAGAGCAGCUCGACCCCAAGUACGUGAGGACGCGCGGUUUAACAAUUGUACUCGACACAAAGAGAACCACGAAUGCCCAAAAACAAAGAUCUCAUUACAAAAAAAAACUUGAGAAUCAAAAUCAAAGUUAUACAAUUCUUUAAUUAUGUAAAGCAAAUAAUAUUUUUAUUUUAAAUAUCUUAGUGGAAUGUAGAAUUAUUUAAAUGUAUUCACAUAACUUAUACUAUGAAAUGUGUUCUUACAUUUGAUUAUUGUUACUAUGGCGCUCGCAGAAUUUUUUGUGUCGAGUCAUUUUGGAAAGCAUUUACGUCGUGCCAACAACUUUUUCGGAUUUUUAUUAUUGUUUUAUAAGAGUCCCGCGUGCCGAAACCUUUAUUAGCGAGAUGCAUGUAGGAACAAAAGGAUGUUUUCGGACGUUUACUGACUUUCCUCGGUAGCGUAUAUACUACAUAUAUUACGAGUGCGAGUAUACAUGCUCAUCAAAAUACAUUCUCAUUUAUUAAAUUAAAAUCGUAAUGUGUAAAAAUUGUCUGGAGUAUUAGCUCGCGGUGAGCUUUAGUUUAAUGCUUUAGAAAAAGUUCUCGGUAGUAGUUUUUAUUUAAUCUGCGAACUUCUUAUUUAUGACGAAUACUGCAAAAGUAUGGGUUUAAUAAAUACUUGCAAAAAA